AGCCUCCAAAACCGUAAACCCAGAACAACAAUGGCCUCCGCCGGACGUCUUGUAGGCCCACCCGCCGCCCGAAAGACUGCCAUAUCUGCCACCAAAGAUGCCGCCGUAGCCUCCCAAAUUCACAUCUGCAAACCACCGACCCACGAUUAUGCCCAUGAAUGGUACCCAAGAACACUGUUACCGCUGAUGGGUCUGACGGAAAACUUCUCUCCGACAUUUUUGUCAUCCGGGAACCCCUGCCUCGACUUCUUUUUCCACGUGGUGCCCGAUACCCCGCAGAAGGAUCUGAUCGAACGGCUGGAACUGGCGUGGGCGCACGAUGCCCUGACCACUCUGAAACUGAUCUUCAAUCUGAGGGGUGUGAGAGGCACCGGGAAGUCCGACAAAGAAGGUUUCUACGUCUCGGCUCUUUGGCUCCACAGAGCCCACCCCAAAACCCUGGCUUUCAAUGUCAAGGCCCUCGCCGAUUUCGGGUACCUCAAGGACUUGCCCGAAAUUCUCUAUCGGCUUCUCGAAGGCAAAGAGGUCAGAAAGCUCGCAAAGGCAGACUGGGAGGGGAGGAAGCAGUAUGGGAAAAGAAUUUCGUGGGGAAGGAAAACAUUUUUCAAGAAAACGAAUUCCCAGAAAUUUCACAGAGGAGGUGGCAUAGGGAAGAGGAGGGUUCUUUAUUGGGACGAGGAGAAGAAGGAGAAAUUGAAGCACUUGGAUAAGGAGGUUGCCAGGGCUUUGAGGAAAGAGUGGGAAAUUUCGCAGGCUGUAAAGGCUUUGGAUAGGUAUAACGGCGACUCUGAUUACCGGCUCCUUUUCGAUUCCGUUUGCGAUGUGUUUGCGGAGCUUCUGAGGUCUGAUUUAGCGUUUUUGGGUGGCGGGGAGGUUCGUAAGAUUAGUCUUGCGGCAAAAUGGUGCCCGACGAUCGAUUCGUCGUACGACAAGUCGUUGUUGUUAUGCGAAGGGAUUGCGAGGCGCGUUUUCCCGAGAGAGUGCGAGAAAGAGUACGAGGAGAUCGAGGAUGCGCAUUAUGCGUACAGGGUCAGAGAUAGAUUGAGAAAACAAGUUCUUGUUCCGUUGCAUAAGGCGUUGGAAUUGCCGGAGGUGUAUAUGAGCGCCAAUCGAUGGAACUCGUUGCCGUAUAACAGGGUGGCUUCGGUGGCGAUGAAGACUUACAAGGGGCUGUUUGAGAAGCACGAUGAGAGGAGGUUUUGGAAAUAUCUCGAGAAAGUGAAGACUGGGAAGGCGAAGAUUGCCGCCGGGGCAUUGCUUCCCCACGAGAUUAUCCGGUUCCUGAAUGAUGGGGAUGGUGACGAGGUGGCAGAGCUUCAGUGGGAAAGAAUGGUCGGCGAUCUUGCCGUGAAAGGGAAGCUCACGAAUUGCAUUGCAGUUUGUGAUGUUUCCGGGAGCAUGGAAGGGACUCCGAUGGAGGUCUGCGUGGCGCUGGGGCUGUUAGUUUCGGAGCUCAGUGAAGAGCCGUGGAAGGGGAAAGUGAUCACCUUUAGUGAGAAUCCCGAGCUUCACUUGAUUGAAGGGGAUUCUCUUCAGGCCAAGACUGAAUUCAUAAGCACAAUGGAUUGGGGUGCAAAUACAGAUUUUCAGGCAGUUUUUGACCAAAUCUUGGGAGUUGCGGUGGAGGACAAUUUGACAGAAGACCAGCUGAUCAACAGAGUGUUUGUUUUCAGUGAUAUGGAAUUUGAUGAGGCGUAUGGUUCGGAUUCAUGGGAAACGGAUUACCAAGUUAUACAGAGGAAGUUCCGGGAGAACGGAUACAACAGGGUGCCGGAGAUUGUGUUUUGGAACCUUCGGAACUCUUCCUCGACUCCGGUUGUCGCGAGUCAAAAUGGGGUGGCGCUUGUGAGUGGGUUUUCCAAGAAUAUGUUGACUGUGUUCAUGGAGAAAGGUGGGAUCGUGAGUCCUGAGGGGGUGAUGGGAUUGGCAAUCGCUGGUGAGGAGUACAGGAAACUAGUUGUACAUGACUGAUAUGUCAACGUGAUCAGAAUUCUCUCUGUGCACAGCUUAAUUAUCUAAUGGGAAUGACACUAGCUACCUGACAUUAUUAGAACUAAGUACUGGGGUUAUGGGAGGAAUAAUAUUUUGUGUUAUUAUUUGUAAUCUUUAU